GCUUGUAUAUGUCUCAUUAUAGCGAUGCCCAAAAUAUGUUGUAGUAGAAAAAAAGAAGAGUAUGUUGAGCCACUCAACAAAGUACCCCCGUACCUCGGCGGCUGUUGGGAGGCAAACAAGACAAACAUCUCUUGAGGCGGGCCCACAGUUUCCCCGCGGACAUUCUUCAGGCCCUCUUGGGUUGCCAUCCUACAUCUCAGAUCGCACAGACUGUGCCAAUGUCUUGCACAAGUAUCAGCUGCAAAACGCUAUCUAUCAUUCAAAUCCCGUUCUUUACCAUCGACUCCCGGUGACGGGAGGUCCGAGAUCCCACCUACAUACCAUAUCUGACCUCAUUUUAUGCCGAAUGCGAAAUCGACUCACCUGCAGCUAUGAGUGGUCGAGCACCUCCUGGGAAAUGGCCCCAUAGUCGUUUGAAACCGGUGACUGAUCCCCUCGAGUCCGUAGGGUUCGUGUCCAAAGGAGAUCGCAAGUUACUAAACCCGAAAGCCCAGAAGGACUACUAUGACAAGAUUGUGACUAGAUACGUUGGAUUUUGUGCGCGGCACUCCAAGGACUUAGAUGCAGCCUGGUUGUCUUUGCCCCGAAGCGCCUCGACCGACGCAACAAGAAAUCCUCCAGCUUCCGUUUCACAGUCCACCAAACCGGUGGUGUCACCCGGUCCCUCAGCUGCCACAGAGUUGUCCACCCUCCUUCUUUCCCUUCGUAAGCUUCGAGAGGCCGUAUUGGCCACUGCCUCAACUACCCCCAUCGCGUUUUCGCAACGAAUCCAUGUGUUCUCCAUCAAAGUCUCAAUCCAAGCUCGGCAUCCACCGUCUUACUUUCCUUCCCUCCGCCACCUUCUCGACGAUCUUCACACCCCAUAUAAUCCGUUACCGGAAUCGGACUUGAAGGAUCACAUUUCAUACCUCAUCCUUGACUAUGCGUGCCGGCAAGAGGAUCUAGCUGCCGCCUUUGAGCUCCGCGCAAGGGCGCGCAGGCAGUACAGCUACCAGUCACGGGAGGUUGAUCAGGCUCUGCAAGCCAUCGCGCAUGAUAAUUGGAUUUUAUUUUGGCGGGUUCGAAAAGAAGUUGAUUCAACCAUGCGUGCAGUGAUGAACUGGGCAGAAGAUCGGGUUCGACGGCACGCUCUUAAAGCAGUUGGUAAGGCUUACUUGGGUGUCGAUGUUGCGUGGAUUGUUGAAGGCUGUACUGGGGAUCACACAUGGACAUGGGAGAAGUUGACGGAGAGAGAGAAACUAGGAUGGGAGAAAGAAGGCGAUAGGAUUAUAAUCCGCAAACCGAGACCAAAGCCAAAACCCGAGGGCAACCUUACGCCCAUUCAGGAAAGCACAGGUUGAUGCCUUGAUUACGAUAUAUUUGUUAUGAUACUGCAUGGCGACUCUGGAGCAUCGGUACUGGCGUUUAGUAAAAGUGUGCUGCUGGUGUUAAAAGCAGCACAUGAGGUGUAUUCAUAGACAUAUAUAUCACCUACCACAACUAAUAUUGUUCAUAACUUGAAAUCUGUGUUCAGUCGGUCCAGAUUCGUAUGUCCCGUGAUUGGCUGUUUGGCAAUGACUUCG